UGAUGGUUGUCUUUGAUGGUUCCAGUUGACACAUCUCAGUCGUCAGCCAUGUUUGCCGGUCGGGUGUCGGUAGGAGCCACUGUCGGGCCGGCGGCGGGAAAAGCUGGAAAGUUGUCUGUGGAGGAGCUGUACGGGUUCACCAAGAAACCAAAGGUCACCAGAGGGAAAUCUGGGAAACCAGACAAAGGUGAAGCAAAGAAAGACACGAAGGAGAAGGAGGAGUCUGCGCUGGCGUCGCAGAUCCUGGAGGCGGCGAGGAGGCUGAUGGAGAGACGACGACUCGGGAUCUACCUGAAGGAGUGUGGAGUCACCAUCGAGCAGAGUCACAUGACCUACAGGAAUCUUGGGAAAUCUGGACUGAGAGUGUCCUGCUUAGGGCUGGGGACAUGGGUGACAUUUGGCUCUCAGAUCUCUGAUGAGAUGGCAGAGAGUGUGAUGACGCUGGCAUACGACAGUGGAGUGAACCUGUUCGACACAGCAGAGGUUUACGCCUCAGGCAGGGCGGAGACGACUCUGGGGAACAUCCUGAAGAAGAAAGGAUGGAGGAGGUCCAGUUAUGUGGUGACCACCAAGAUCUACUGGGGGGGGCAGGCCGAGACAGAGCGAGGGCUGUCACGGAAACACAUCAUUGAAGGUCUGCGUGGCUCUCUGUCCAGGUUACAGUUGGACUAUGUUGACAUCGUCUUCGCAAACAGGAGUGACCUAAACGCACCAAUGGAGGAGGUCGUCCGUGCAAUGACCUUUGUUAUCGAUCAGGGUUUGGCCAUGUACUGGGGAACGUCUCGCUGGAACGCUGUGGAGAUCAUGGAGGCGUACUCUAUAGCGAGACAGUUUAAUCUGGUUCCUCCAGUGUGUGAACAGGCUGAAUAUCACUACUUCCAGAGAGACAAGGUGGAGCUGCACCUGCCAGAGCUCUACCACAAGAUCGGGGUCGGAGCCAUGACCUGGUCCCCGUUAGCCUGCGGCCUGCUGACGGGAAAAUACAAUGAGGGCGUCCCGGAGAGUUCUAGAGCCGCCAUGAAGGGCUAUGCGUGGCUGAAGGAGCGUCUCUGCAGUGAUGAAGGGAAGAAGCAGCUCAGUAAAAUUAAAGACCUCCACCUGCUGGCCAGCAGACUGAACUGCACUCCUGCUCAACUCGCCAUAGCGUGGUGUCUCCGCAGUGAGGGCGUCAGCUCGGUUCUCCUCGGAGUUUCCAACACGGAACAGCUGCUGGAGAACCUCGGUUCUAUCAGGGUUCUGUCUCAGCUGACUCCGCCCCUUGUCACAGAGAUGGAUGUGUUGCUUGGCAACAAGCCCCGUAACUCCAAGAAGGAAGUGAGAAGCUGAGGUCUUCAAAGUAAAGACUUCAGAGACGGAGACGUCUCCAUCCUGUCCUCAUUGAAGACGGAGACGACAGGGACACGUCUUCUUCAGGGACGGAGGCCACCUCCUCCUCCUCCUCGUCCUGGAGGCGGGCAGAUUGCUCCGUCCAAUCAGAGAGCUUGGUUCAGACACUGGGAAACAGACUCUGUAUAAAGUGACGCGUCCACAGCUGUUUUCAAUACAACAGAAGAUCAGUGAAACAUGACCAAGAGUAUAUAAAGGUUAUAUUAGUACAAUUAUUUACAAAAAUCGUAGAAUAUUGAUCAAAUGAUUGAUCAGUUGUUUGCCAUAUCUAUUUCAAAAUAAAAGCCUGCUGAUACAGA